GAUCAGAAUGAAUACUUUCUGCACCCGACAACUCAUGAGAUCAGAUUUCAAGAAAACUGGCUGCAGGAACAUAAUAGGUUACGCAAGAAGAUGGAAAAAUAAUAGGAUAGAUGAACAGAGGAUGAAAUACAUGGGAGCUGAUAAACCUGCUGCAGAAUGGAUAUUGCUGAACAAGGGAAAAGUGAAGAUGUCUGGUAGUAAUAAGUGGAUAUCUUCAUUCUGGGACUUUCCUCAAGAUAACUUCUCCAGUGACUUCAGACUGACUCACAUUCAGGCUGACAACACUGAGGUUUCUUCUACUGGUUUUAGAUACAUAAAGAACCUGGCCUAUAUCCAGACAGCCUCGUUUGCCCAGUGCCGGUAUGUUGAUGACAGUGCACUGCCUCAUUUACAUGGUUCAGCAGACAGCGGUUCAUUAAAGGCACUAAACCUAUCAAAGACUAGUAUCACACAGCACGGUAUCCGUCAGCUAGCAGAACUUAAAUCACUCAAACAUCUCGAUAUUUCGGAUUGUAAAGGAAUGUUGGAUAUACCUUUUGAAUCUGAGUUGCCUGAUUUACUGGAUUAUCUCAAAUCUGAGCUCCCUAAGUGCGCUAUAAUCUUACAUUCGGGCAAAGUUCUGGAAGAACAAAUGUGA